AUGCCCCUUUCAUCAAGCAGUCAAUUCGCUCCCGGGCCUUGGGGGGCAUACAAGGAAAUCGCCUCGCAAUUUCCCAACGCUACCGCAAUUAUCGAUGACACCACAGGGCUUGUCUUGAGUUAUGACGGGUUGACGGAUGCUGCCAUGAAGCUUGGCAAACGAAUCACCGACACAUUCGCCACAGUGCCCGGGGAGCCGGUUGGCAUCAUGAUGGAUAGAUGCGUAGGGCAAAUCAUCUCACAGCUAGCGAUUCUCUACAUCAGCGGCUCCUGCGUUCCCAUUGACCCCAGUCUUCAUGUCCAAACCCGCGAAGCUAUGUUAGAUCGUCUGGGGAUACGCUGUGUCCUCACCGUCGAUGAAAAGAGCAUGCAAGUAAACCUUCGAGAACCACCCACAAUCUUCUCUGCCCAAGGGGCGCAUUCUUCGACCGAAAAUUGCUCCCAUAUCCUUCAUACCUCUGGAUCCACGGGUGCUCCCAAGGCUAUUCGAUUGCCAGGGAAGGGGGUACUUCGCCACGCGGGGAACAGCCUUUUCCCACUCAAGCCUGGCGACUUCAUCGCUCACCUCUGCUCUCCAUUUUUCGACAUAUCGAUUCUCGAAGUUUGGAGUGCACUCCUUUCAGGCGCUACUGUCGUCGUGUUCUCCCCUGACAAAGUUCGCGACCCUCUUGGCAUGGAUUCGUCUUUCAAGUGCCGUAAUAUACACGUGUCCUUCAUGCCUACGGCCCUAUUCAACGCCAUUGCCAUUGCCAAACCUACAGCAUUCAGCACCUUGCGGAAGAUUGUCAUAGGUGGUGAACCAGCUAACGCUGCCGCUAUCGAACGUGUGCUCAGGGUUUCUCCCUCAUCCUUCGCAUUGUACAACGCAUAUGGCCCAACGGAAUGCUCUGUACUUGUUUUGGUCCAUAAAGUUAGCUUAGAGGAAGCUUUAUCUGGCCGCAUUGCUAUAGGCACUCCAUACGACCCUACAACUACUGUCCGGGUUAUCAGCAGCCGCGGAGUUGACGUGAAUGGUGUCGAGAAGGGGGAGCUUUACCUUGCGAGCAGCGGGUUAGCUAUAGACUAUUGGAAGAUGGACGACCUCAAUGCGGAGAAGUUUGUCUGGCAGGACGGUCGAAGAUGGUACAAGACAGGAGAUGAGGUGUGGUGGAGAGAUGGGAAGGUCGGUGGAAUUUUGGAAUAUGCUGGAAGGCAGGACAACCAAGUCAAACUUCGAGGCUAUCGCUUCGAGCUAGAAGAGGUGGAGGUCGCCAUUUUGGCGAGUGGAUUGGCAGAUGCCGCUGUGGCAUUCGUUUUGCGACCAGUCGAAACUGCCCCCCUGCUAAUCGCUUGCGUAGUUCCAAAAUCCGGCAUGCGUGCCACGUCAAAGCAAAUUCAGCAUCAUUUAGGAACUCGACUGCCAGUAUACAUGGUGCCUCGUAUCAGGUUAUGCGAUAGCCUCCCUCUCACACGAACUGGGAAGGUCGAUAGGCGUGCGCUGGAAGCUACAUAUAUGACCGCUGUUCACAAGUGUACUGCUUUGCACGAAGCGUCCGCAGCCGACCCCGUUGCCUUGAUGAAGAGUAUCUGGCAAGCCACCCUUGCGAUUCCAUUCGACAUCGGUAUCGAUGAUGAUUUCUUCGACCUUGGUGGAAACUCCAUCUCAGCCUCGAGUGUUCUACAUCGUUAUCGUCGUGCAUCUGGAAACGAGAUCCCCGUCCACGCCAUCUACCAGCACCCCACUAUCCGGGGUUUGGUAUCAGCUGAUCAAAUCCGAAACAUAUCCAUGACAGAAACCCUGCUGCGCGACUCGCGGCUCGCAGAUGACAUAUGCCCUCAGGUUACAACAAAUUAUCGAACUGAGGCUAAGCAUGUGUUCCUCACCGGCGCGACUGGUUUCUUGGGAGCCUACGUCCUUAAUGAUCUCCUCAAAAUCCGGUCAGUUGACACAGUCAUAUGCCUGGUCAGGGCCCCAAGCGACGCCAUAGCUCGUCUCCGAAUCCAACAUGCGCUGGAACGCUACGAUCUCUGGAACGCGUGCUCGCCUGUCGCCUCUAAGAUCUCCGCCUUCGCGGGUUCCUUGCAAGACGAACAGUUUGGUUUAAGCACCGAGGCCUACAACAAGGCACUCAACACGGAUAUCAUAUAUCACCUAGGUGCGCAGGUGAAAUACAUAGAGCCGUAUUCUGCGCAUAGGCCAGCCAAUGUUAUUGGGACAUUGAAUGUCAUUCGCCUUGCCGCCCUAGGCCGUUCAAAGACCCUUCAUUACGUCUCGAGUAUCUCUUCCUAUGGGCCCGUCGGCAUGACCCACCCCAACCUCUACCUACCGGAAGACGCUCCGCUUCUCCCACAUGUCAGGGAUUUGGACCACGAUAUUGGUUAUGCCCAAAGUCAAUGGGUGGCUGAGGAGAUGGUUCGCCGAGCAAUGGGCCGUGGUAUUCCUGCUUCAGUUUAUCGGCCUGGGCAUAUAUUGGGCGACUACCAUCGAGGAAUUGGAAACAACGAUGACUUUGUUGCUCGACUGGUCCACGGGUGCAAGAUGAUCGGGGCCUGCCCUCGGUUACCAGAUCAAAGCAAAUUUUUCAUCCCCGUCGACCACUGCUCUGCAAUGCUACUCCGCCUCUCGCACAACCCCGAGGCACUCGGCGGAUGCUACAACCUAAUUCCUCCUGCAGGGAUGCAGCCCGACCAAGUAGAUGUUGCCAAAUUCUUCGCCAUCUUACGGUCCCUCGGUCUCAAGAUGGAAGAAUUACCCUAUAAAGAGUGGGUGGAGCGGUUGGAGAACUCUAGUGGGAAUAACACGCUCCUCCCACUCCUCCCAGUACUGAAGGCACCAACCACCGAGGGGUCAUCUUUCUGGGAAUUGUACGAACACGUACCCACUUACGAAACGUUGAAAACCGAACGAGCGUUGCGUGGGGGCCCGGGACACCUGCUGUUCCCUGACUUGGAUGAGGCGUACUUCGGAAGGUGCCUCAGAGUAUGGGCCCAACUUUGGCGUUGA